GUUUAUGUCAAGACGGAGCGAUAACUAUUUACUUAUUGAUGGAGAAUUGGAGAUGGAUGCAUUUAGAAAAUUCUAAAAGCUAUUUUGUUAAGACUAGCAUUCAACAAGGGAAGACUACCAGCAUACAACAACGAACAAGAGUGUGAAGCAAAGUAAUCAACAUCAGUGUCCAGUUCUUUUUUUCUAGCUGAUCAGCUAUCUUCUUAGCACUAAAAAAAGAGGAAGAAGCUGCUGAAUGAUAGAGAAAUCUAAGAGAUGGGAAUUAAGAAGAAGAUGAAUCCAUGCUUUGUCGGCCAUUAAAGCUUCAACCAAGAGCUCUCAUCCUUUCCCACAAUCUGUCUUAAGAUAUUUCACCAUUAUUUUUCAAAACAGUCAAUUUUUUUUUCACUUAUUUUUUUAGUUCUUUUUUUCAACCCAUUUAUUAAUCUUUUUCUUUUAAAGCAUUUGUUUCCUUGGGUAGGAUCACAGAAAAGAGCAUUCAUUUUAUUUUGAGUGUCUUUGCUUCAAAAGGGUACCAUUCACCUUGGAAAAUGAAGUAACCUUUUAUCUUUUCAUUUCUUUUUAUCUUUUUCAGCUCCAAUUUUGCCUUUUUCAUUAAUGAUCCCCACAAAUCUUGGGAAAAGCUUAACUGGGUAUGUUUUCCUUAUUGUGUUUGAUCAUGGGUUUUUGUAGUAGCACUAUAUUUCUUCCUUAUACAAGCUUUUUGAUUGAAUUUCUUGGGUUUCAGAUUUUGGAAUCCCCAAUUUCUCCUUUACCGACUAUUCCUUGUUCUUGAAUUUCUAAUGGGUUUUCAAUAUGUUUGAUGAAAGUUCUAAAAGAAGUUCUUUAGUCCAUUUAGAGUAAUGGAAGGAAACUUGUUAUGCUAUCUACAAUUGUAGUUUUAAAGGGUUGUUAGUAAUUUGUUACAAUGCCAAAAUCACACAUAUUUUGGCUUUGGGUAUGGGGAUUCAUCAUUAUCACUGCCCAAUUAGUUUUCUUUUCUGAAUGUUUAAAUUCUGAGGGUUUUUGUCUUUUAGAGCUGAAAAAUGGGCUUGAUGAUGAAUACAACAAUCUAAGUAAUUGGGAUGCUAAUAGUGAAACACCCUGUAAAUGGAAAGGUGUGACUUGUUCUAAUACUGCUUAUCAACCUGUAGUGCUGUCUCUUGAUCUUACAAAGAUGAAUCUUUCUGGGUCCUUAGGACCUAGCAUUGGCUGUUUAAUCCACCUAAUUUUUCUUGAUGUUUCUUUCAAUUCAUUGGGUGGGAAUAUACCCCAUGAACUAGGGAAUUGCUCAUCAUUACAGGCUUUAUCUUUGAACGAUAACCAGUUUGAAGGUCCAAUCCCUGCUUCAUUGGGUAGUUUGGCUUACUUACAAUACCUCAAUUUGUGUAACAACAACUUGAUUGGUUCCAUUCCUGAAGAGUUUGGGAAUCUCUCGUCGUUGGUUGAAUUUGUGGCAUAUACUAAUAGUAUCAGUGGCUCAUUGCCUCGCUCGAUUGGGAAUCUCAAGCAGUUGCAGAAAUUUCGAGCAGGGCAAACUUCCAUCAGCGGAAGUUUGCCCGCUGAGAUUGGAAAUUGUGAAAACUUGCAAUAUCUUGGAUUAGCACAAAAUGAGCUUGUUGGGUAUAUACCCAAAGAGAUUGGGAUGCUUACCAAAUUAACUGAAUUGAUUCUUUGGGGUAAUCAGUUGUCUGGUAGUAUCCCAGUUGAGAUUGUGAAUUGCACUAAUCUUGAGACUCUUGCUUUAUAUCAGAACAAUCUUGUUGGGGAAAUUCCUGGAGAAAUUGGGAAUCUUAAGUAUCUGAAAAGAUUAUACCUUUAUAGAAAUCAGCUGAAUGGAACCAUUCCUAAGCAAAUUGGGAAUCUUUCUUUAGCUACAGAAAUUGAUUUUUCUGAGAAUUUUUUGGUGGGGAAGAUUCCAUCUGAGAUGGGUCAGAUCAAGAAUUUGACACUUCUUUAUCUUUUCCAGAAUCAGCUUACUGGUUCUAUACCAGUUGAAUUGAGUUUAUUAAGAAACUUAACAAAGCUGGAUCUCUCAAUCAAUUAUCUUACAGGUCGUAUUCCAAUCGGGUUUCAGUACUUAACUCGAAUGAUCCAACUUCAGCUAUUUGACAAUGACUUAACCGGUAGCAUUCCUCGAGGGCUUGGGAUAUACAGCCCACUUUGGGUGGUUGAUUUUUCAGCUAAUCAGUUGACAGGGAGGAUUCCUCCAUUCCUUUGUCGCCAUUCGAAUUUGAUAUUGAUCAAUCUCGAAUCGAAUAAGCUCUAUGGGAAUAUCCCAUCCGGGGUUUUAAACUGCCCGUCUUUAGUGCAGCUUCGUUUGGUUGGUAAUCUGUUAACAGGGAGCUUUCCUGCAGAAAUGUGCAAGCUUCAAAACCUUACCGCCAUUGAGCUCGGACAUAACAAGUUUAAUGGUCCUAUUCCCCCCGAAGUUGGAAAGUGUAAUAAGUUGCAGCGGCUUGAUCUUGCAAACAAUAAUUUUGCCAUGGAGUUGCCAAAGGAGAUUGGUAAACUGUCUCAGUUAGUGACAUUUAACAUCUCGUCCAAUUUUCUCACAGGAAGAAUCCCGAUUGAUAUCAUCGAGUGUAAGAUGCUUCAGCGUCUUGAUCUUAGCUUCAAUAGCUUUGAAGGCGCUCUGCCAACUGAGCUAGGAACCCUUUUGCAGCUCGAACUUCUCAUGCUUUCUGAUAAUAAGUUUUCAGGAAACAUUCCAUCUGCAAUCGGGAAUCUCACUCGAUUGACCGAGCUUCAGAUGGGUGGAAACUCGUUUUCUGGUCAUAUCCCAUCUUCUUUAGGAAAUCUUACAGGGUUGCAGAUUGCUAUGAAUCUCAGUUGUAACAAUCUCUCUGGCACAAUACCAUCAGAGCUCGGAAACCUUAUUCUUCUCGAAUAUCUUUACCUCGAUAACAACCAUUUGACGGGUGCGAUCCCCAACACAUUUGGAAACCUUUCAAGCUUGUUAGGUGUCAAUUUCUCGUACAACGAUUUAACCGGAUCAAUACCUUCAAUACCCUUGUUCCAAACCAUGGACGCCAGCAGUUUCAUCGGAAAUAAAGGUCUUUGUGGCCAGCCUCUUGCUAAAACUUGCAAUGAUACAUUCGGGUUUAACUCUGUUCCACCUCAAACUAAUGCUGAAUCUUCCCAGGGGAAGAUAAUUACUGUGAUUGCAGCUACUGUAGGCGGUAUUUCACUUGUUCUGAUCGUUGUUAUACUGAUCUAUAUGCAGAGGCCUGUCGAAACAGUAGCUUCUGUCGAAGAGAAUGGAGCUGAUUCGUCAGUUUCGGAUAUUUACUUCCCUCCUAAGGAAGGUUUCAAUUUCCAUGAUCUUAUUGAAGCAACAAACAAUUUUGAUGACAUGUAUAUUAUCGGAAGGGGCGCUUGUGGCACCGUAUACAAGGCAGCUAUGCGCACAGGCUUGACGAUUGCUGUUAAGCGACUAGCUUCUAACAGGGAGGGUAACAACAUCGAGAAUGGCUUUCGUGCAGAGAUUUUGACCCUUGGAAAGAUUAGACACCGGAAUAUUGUGAAGCUAUACGGGUUUUGCCAUCACCAAGGCUCGAAUUUGCUGCUGUAUGAGUAUUUGUCUAGGGGCAGCUUAGGCGAAUUGCUUCAUGGACCGUCAUGUGACUUAGAUUGGCCAACUCGGUUCUCAGUCGCACUCGGUGCAGCUCAAGGGCUAGCGUAUCUACACCAUGAUUGCAAACCGAGGAUUAUUCAUCGCGAUAUCAAAUCAAACAAUAUCCUACUAGACGAAAAGUUUGAAGCACAUGUUGGUGAUUUCGGGUUGGCAAAAGUUGUUGACAUGCCUCAGUCAAAAUCAGUGUCUGCAGUUGCUGGAUCAUAUGGAUAUAUUGCUCCUGAAUAUGCAUACACAAUGAAGGUCACGGAAAAGUGCGACAUCUAUAGCUACGGAGUAGUUCUUUUGGAACUUUUAACAGGAAAAACCCCGGUACAACCCCUAGACCAGGGUGGCGAUCUUGUUAAUUGGGUCAAAAAUUACAUCCGGACUAAUUCAUUGACGCCCGGAUUACUCGAUGCUCGUUUAAACUUACAAGAUAGAAGUAUUGUUGAUCAUAUGAUAACUGUCAUGAAACUUGCUUUACUCUGCAUUAACAUGUCUCCAUUCGACCGCCCGUCGAUGAGGGAAGUUGUGUUGAUGCUCAAUGAAUCUAAUCAGAUUGAUGGGAAAUCAGAUUCUCCUUCUUUUCAUGAUAUAUCCCUUAAGGAUAAUGCUGUCUGAUACGUACCGGUGUAACAUAAUCCGUCAAAUUUGCUUUUUGAAUUUAUAAUUCGCUUAAAAUGGUUUAAAUUUUGGCGAGAAAUUAACCAUAAUUUGCUUUUUUAUUCAUGAUUUACGAGGAAAUGUGACACCCAUACUAUAAGUAGAAAUAACCCAAAUUUUCAUUGUACAUUCUAUUUUUUUUUUCUUUUACAUUUGUGUAGCCCCACAUUUUGUUGAGUAUCUAAUUAUAGAUAAUAAGUCAUUGUAUUCUAGAAACAAAAUAGUUUUCUGAUUAAUGAUUUAAUGGUGACAUUUUCUUAGUCACCUUAUUGAUAAAUACCUAAUGCUGGCUAUGUAGAUUUUAUUUUUCAUAUAAUUAGCUCAUUUUUAUAAUUGAUCACUUUAAAAUUAUUAGUGAUUAAUUUAACAUACUAAAUGUACAUAUGUCAGCCU